CACAGAGCUAUGAUCAUAGCGCAACACUAACCUAUAGUAUAAAUACAACCUAAAUCAGAUCUUAUGUUUAUAGAAGAACAUGUUGAAGAUGAAGAGGAACCACCUUCCCUGCUCAACUCCUGUGUUUUUUGUACUGCUGUGGCCAUGGGUGGUGCAGACAGCUCCGUGUCUGAUGGGUCAGGCUCAGGCAUGCGUGUGUCUACAAUGUCCUGCUGGACAGGAGCCUUCCUCGGAAUGCAGUGAAGUGGAGUGUCCUGACACAGAGCUGAACUGUCGUAGUUGUCCACCAGGCACUUUCUCAAACUCCCACGGUCCAGAUCAGUGCAUUGUACACACACAGUGCAGGAGUCUCAACCGUCGCCUAGUGAUGCUAGGCACAUCGGAGUCUGAUGCAGUGUGUGGUGCCUGUCUGCCUGGGUUUUCCCGUGCACUGAAAACACGGAGCUCCAACACCCAGCAUUCAUGCAUGAGAAUUUCUCUGGUGCGUUUGCGGCGUAAUGCAGGAAAGGGUGCUCGAGCAGGCGGAGCCGGAUCAGGUGGAGCAGGAGUGGGCAGGGCUAACAGCACAGCUGUGCAUGCAGCAGAGGAGAAGACUACAGAGUAUGCCGUGUUUGCUCUUGUCCCUGUGUUCUGUGUGAUGGGCCUGCUGGGCAUCCUCAUCUGCAACCUGCUCAAGAAGAAGGGCUACAAGUGUGCAGCAGAGAAGGAGACUGCAGAGAGGGAGGCAGGCAUGCUGCAGAAAGAUGGUAAUACUGGCCCGUAUGUUAUAGAAGAUCAGAAUGAAGACACUAUAAGUGCACUAGUGCGCCUCAUCACAGAAAAGAAAGAAAAUGCAGCUGCCUUAGAAGAGUUGUUACUGGAAUAUGAGAAGAAGCAGACAUCUGGUAGCAAAAGAUCAUCAAUCAAGUUCCCUGGCUUCCUCCAGUUCCGCUCAUUGCCCAGGAUUUGUAACCACCAUCACCUUCAUACUAUCAACGGUUUGGCCCUACAUUCUGGUCUUGGCUGCUCACGUUGCAGUCAGAAGAAAUGGCCACAAGUACUGUUGCCCCUCACCAUCGACACAAAUAAGACAUCGUGUGCCACAUCCAUCCCUUCCACACCUGGCGAGGGAAGGGUCCUCAAUGUAGGAAGGUUCCAAGUGGCUCAGAUCCUGGAAGGGGACCCAGUCUCUGUGGCGGCAACCCCAGCAGAGUCCAGUGACAUUGAUUCGAUAGACUCUACCAACAUGGAGUCUGCUGAGGAAUUAUCACUUCUGGGCACGUGCUCUUCCUCAAAUUCUCACUCUUCAAAGAACAGAAAGGAUUCCCUUUCAUUAGAUGUUUGAGUGAAUGAACGAAUAGAAGAACAAGCGAAUCAGCCAUCGGGAUUACGUCAUCAACACCACACCGAGCAGAACCUCAUCGGUGGGCUCCUAGAAAGUGUUUGAGGCUGAAGCAGGAUGGGAAUUAUAUUCACCCCUGUGGGGAGUUAGCCUUGAACUUAAGUAGACUGGAAAACAGGAAUUGGUCUUCUUAAGAGUUUUUAAAGCUUUUUUUUAUCUUUAAAAAAAGAAAAGAAAAGUUAUGACAGUAAAGCUGCAAGCUGAGAAUGAAUAUUUGUAAAUGAGAAAAUUUGUAUGGAGAAACAAGACCUGGCAUAGCACAUUAAUACAAAAUGUGAAAUAUAACUAAACAUUAUUAUGCUGGCUUUGUAGAAGCCAACAUUCUGUUUUCCUAUUUAAGCUUAGACAAGAAUUUAUAAAAUUUAAUGCGGCCUAGGGCUUUCGAGCCACAUGCACCAAAUUUGGAUAUGUUGUAGACCCUGGUCUGAAGUUUGUUGCUAUUACGUUACUAAGCGAUCCGAGUACCGGGUCUCAAAUUGGCCUUUUUUCCCAUAGACUCCCAUUAUAAAUUUUGGAGGUUUAUAACUCGGCAAGCUUUUGAACUAUCUACACCAAACUCGGCCAGCUCCUUUAGGGUGACACUCUGAACAAAGUUUUUUCGGCCUUUCGGUUGUGCCGCAGCCCCGCCCCCAAAAUAUGCAAAAUCAAAAAACUUUUUACAACAUGGACAUGUGAUAUAUCAAAACACUCAGCCCAAUGAGGGUAACUGCCUCAGGAGUAUUCGAAUGACAUCACAUGCUCGUCUCCACUUGCCUCCAAAUGUUUUGGCACCCUAUCUUUCUGUCCACUUGCCUCCAAAAGUAACACUGACCCUAAUGUGCGAAUACUUGCACCGUCAAAGCCAACAUCAAAGUUUGUCGCGACGAACUUUACAAAUCUAGUUCAAAUUGUUGUUUAGAUCUUUAUAAAUAUCCCACCAUGCAGAGUAAAGACAUAGAGAAUUUCUGUAUCUUAAUACUGAAUGUAUUUAGUCUUAAUGUGACAGGCAUAGAUAUCUCCAAUACACUUACUUGCAUGUCAGAAACACUUGUCUUUUUUAUCCUCCAGCCUCCAAAACAGAUACAGCAUA